AUGUCUUCACAAGACAAUGACGUGAUGAUGGUCGCAGAUGACGGACCCAGUCAACGGCAACCCAAGUCGUUGGCAAAAGCAUGUACGGCCUGUCGGACCAAGAAGAUCCGCUGCGACGCUGCAAAGCCUGAAUGUGGGAAUUGUGUCAGUCAGAAACGCGAAUGUAUCUAUCGGAAAGAAACUCCACGAAAACGGCCUACGUUCAAUCAGAUUGGUAAACUGCAACGAGAUCUGGCAACUCUUAAAGUGUUCCUGUUGACUCUCAAGAGAAGCGGUCCGGAGGAGCGGCAGAAACUACUCAAUGAAGCCGUCGAUGAAGAUGGGGCUGUCAACUUGCUAGACUCUACUGCUGACCCUACUGGAGAGGCUUCAUCACGAAAAGCCACAAGUCAGCCAAUUGGUAGAGGUGCCACUACACCAAUAGUAUCAUCAGAUGACGAGCUAAAUAUUGCCAACUUUAUAUCCGUCGAUGAUGCCGGCACAACAAACAGCUUUGGUCCAUCGUCUGCUCUUCACAAUCCUGCAAGAAACGAUAAAGGAACACCAUCAUCCCGCCAAUCUACAACAACAGAGCAUGUCAAGAAUGAAUUAAUAGCCAAUGCCGCUUUGCAACGGCAUCUCGAGCAUAGACUUACCAGACACACAACAAUUGCUGGGGAGCCAACAGAACUUGCGCUCCAUCUGCUAAACUUGCACUGGGCUCGCCAGCAUCACACCUUUCUGCUGACAUAUCGACCGGCCGUAAUGAGAGACUUGGAAUGUUCAGGUCCAUACUGCUCUGCUUUCAUGCUCAAUGCCAUCUUCGCAUGCUGUAGCAAGUUCUCUCCACGACCUGACGUCAGGGACGACCCGAAUGAUGCCUCCAGCGUUGGCCGUCGUUUCUUUAAGCGCUGUGAUGACCUUCUCAGCAGUGACUCUCUCCUCACAAGACCGCACAUCUCCACAAUCGUUGGACUUGUUCUUCUGGGCUCGACUUAUAAUGCUCGCGGAGAAACAUCGAAAGGCUGGCUGUAUACCGGAUACGCCCUACGGAUGGUUUAUGAUCUUGGCCUCCAUCUUGAUCCGAAGCAAACUACGGAAGAUCCCGAAGAGAUUGAGAUCCGGCGACGGGUCUUCUGGGGCGCUUUUGUUUGCGAUAAGCUUCAGAGUCUCUAUAUGGGUCGUCCAGUGGCUAUUAAUCUGCGGGACUCACAAGUCUCUCGGGAAUUCCUUGACUUGUACGAGGAAAUGGAGCCAUUUUAUCCUUCAGCCUUGGCUGCAGGCUCGUCAUCCAGACUUGAUGAAAACAUGGGCGAUGCAAUUCCAAGACAUUCCGUUUCGACUUUCCAGCAACUAUGUCUCCUCUCCAAGAUAAUGACGACUAUCAUCAAUCGCUUCUAUGUGGUCGGCGCCACGUUCUCAAAUGCUCAGAUCGAUUUACAAAAGAUUGAGCAAGCGUUGCAGCAGUGGCGAGACAAGUUACCGUCGGAGCUAGAUUCCCAACCGUGGUUGUCCACGAGCACUGCGGUACAAACACCUAACAUCAUGGUUCUUCACAACGUCUAUCACUCCCUCAUCAUUCUUGUCCAUCGGCCAUUUAUCUCAGAUGAUCAUCUCCGAUCCACUGCCACGUCAGGGCGGUCUUGGGAGCAAUGCACUGUGGCAGCAAGGUGCAUCACCAGUAUAGCCUCAGUCUACAAGUCAACCUACGGGCUUAAUGGAGCUCCUUACGUUCUCGCGUACACGGUGUAUGUGGCGUGUACAGUCCACGUCCGUAAUGCAGCUUCUCAGAGCCAGACACGUGAUCACUUAGCAAUGCUCAAGUCUAGUCUAGAGUGUUUGGAUGAACUAUGUACGGCGAACCCGGGUGUUGCAAAGCCUGCAAAGAGUAUCAGGCGUUUGAUAGAGGCGAACCGACUGAACCUAUUGGCAGAAAUUACCCCUCAUGAUCAAGCCGAUAUGUCGUUCGACUUGGAUACUAUUCAGAGCACGUUUUCGGUUGCUGACUGGUCCAACACGGGAUCUGAUAUGUUCCACAUGGGAGACUUUGAGAGCUUCUUGUACGACUACCUGGCCAAACAAGGGAUAUAUAAAGUGCACAUGAUUGGCUCGAUCAAGGCGAGUGAAGUGGGUGACCUGGAUAACGGGGGCCACAACGGAGUUGCAAAUACCCAGAUAUCGGACUUUGCAGGCCUAUCUCUUGGCCAGCGCCCCAAUGUAGUCCUGCUGGACGCUGGCACGAAUGAUAUGGGCAAUUACAACGAUGCAGGAGGUGUUGCAAGCCGUCUGACCGAUCUGGUUGGCAAGGCUAUCAUGGAGUGCCCCGACACUGCUAAUAUUGCAGCUGCAAUUAUGACUGGCAGGCUGAUUAGAGAGGAAGCUGUGUCGUUGUGCAAAAAUUAUGUUCUAGAUUCGCAAUCUCCACUUGUUAAGCUACUCAGUCCUUGA